AGAUGUGGGAUCAACAAACUUGAAAUUAUUAAAGAUGAAAAUAAAUCUACAAGAGUUUUAGUUGCUGGGGAUGAUGGCAGUAUACGAUUAUUCAAGCAACAAAAUGUCCCAUCAAAUGCACUGUGUACAGUUCUACCUGCUCCAGUGGUGUCUUUACUCAGCACUAUACUCAGUCUCACAUACAGUAGAUACAAUAAUCUCUUCUUUGUUCUUAUUUCUACAUCCAAUAUAUGGGUAUAUACUGGAAAAACUGAUCCAGCAUGCAGGUUAUGGGAAUGGAACAUACACGAUCUGCAACGUCCAUACACAACAUUCAGUACACAAACAGGAAAGGCAAAGCUGGGAAAUAAAACUGUUCUCAAUCGACCAACUGCUAAUGGAAGUGGUUCAGCUCAGAUAUGUGAUUGUAAUUGUUUGUGUGCUGUGUUUUCAAGCAAGGGGUUUCAAUAUCAUACUGAUGAAGGAAUGUGUUCAGCAAAAAACAGGCAUUUGUUGGUAAUGGGCAUGAAAGAUGGCCGACUUAUUUUCAUGGACCAACUUAAGAAAUCUCGCAAGUAUUUUGAAAUAAGUAUCAACCAAGCUGAAGUAAAUGAUAUAACUCAAGAUGGGGAUUCUCAACUAAUAUUAACGAAAUGUGCAACAACUUGUGUACAGAUUUGGAAAUUGCCCAAUAUUGAACAAUGUUGGAAAGUGGAACUAUUGUCGCAGCCAACAGUUUAUCAAUUUAACCAUAGGUUUUUCAUGUCCGGGCACGCAAAUGGUUCAGUGAAUCUUUACAAUAUUAAAGCAAAUACCAACAUUUCUAAUGGAAACCAAACCAUAGAAAAUUAUACGCCCACAAAAAUGGAAGAUGGAAAACUAUCUUUCUGUGCAUUAACACCAGAACAUAAGAGAAGUGUUAACUCAGUUCAAAUAAGUGAAAAACGUGGUAUCUUUAUAUCUAGCAGCACUGAUGGCGUAAUUAAAGUUUGGAGCAUGGAUUAUGUACUUAUGAACGAGAUAUAUCUUGACAACACUUUAUCAAGUUGCAUGUUACUUAAUAAAGUUGGUGACUUAAUUAUCGGAUGGAAAAAGCAUUUGUUUCUAAUUGAUCAUCACACAAUUAUUCCAUACUCUGCAUGCAUUCAUUCAUCUGAAAAUUCUGAACUAUUUGAAAAUGAAACUGUGAUUUACGAGGAUCCUGCAGUUUUGUUUGAAUCCAAUAUUCAUCGUAAUAAAGAUGCUCCAAUAAAUAUGGAAACUUAUUUGGUUCCGUAUGAUUUUGUGCUAAGCAGUGGAAAUGAGAGAUUAAUAUUUAAUGAGAUAACUGCAACUAAACCAAAGGAGGUUGAUAGUGUAUCAAGCUUAGAUUCACUUCAUGCACCAACUGAUGUGUAUUUGUCACAUGCUUCAUCACUGGAUUCAAUUAACCUAAUGUGCUCCAUGUUAAACAUUAAACCAAACAAACAUAUCACAAAUGGCAGAGAAAUUAGUUUUCCUGUUUGUGGGAAGUCUCCGGGUCCGACACCGUCUAUGUCUUCCGAGAGUGAAGUGGAGAUUGAGGAUGUUGGGGAAGAGGAUGAAGAUGUCUGGAUGCAGGUUCAACUUCAGGAUGAGGAUGAUGCAGCAGAUGAUAAUGAAUUGAAAAACUUACGUACAGCUGUCAUGGCAGCUACUGCAAUUAAUAAAAUGAAAGGAAAAGAAUUUAUUGUCCCAGAAAUAGGAGAUAAAAAUAUGGAAGAAGAACCUCUCUCUUCGAGAUUUGCAAAUACAAAGAUAGAUGCUAGAUCAAUGAUGAAGAAAACAAUAUCUGCCGUUUUAGCAGCACAACGAUUGAAAAGUAGUCCUCGUUUAAAGCAAAAUGUUGAAGAACAACCAACCAAACCAAGAAUUCAAUCCGCUGCUGCUACAAGACAGAAGAAAAUGCGAAAACCAUCAACAACCAAAAGAAUUUCUGUUAAAUCACAAAGCAUGGAAUCAAUAUCCACCAUAUCGCAAGACGAUCCAUCUGAUGUCAUAGUGCAGAUAAAACCAAAGUCUUUUUACAUUGAGGUUAGUGGUCCCCAAACAAAAAGUUUUUUUUAGGUUUUAUGACGUUAAGCUUUUUAAGCAAGUUUGCGUGUUUAAAUCAAUUUUGUACCUUUUGACAUUAAUACCCUUCUUGUAUACCUACGGGAAAGCGACAGUCUUCAGUUUCUUUUUUGGUGAGGUAAUGGAGCAAAUGUGGUCAAUAUACCAGGUUUGUUGCUUGCCUUGUUGCUGGACAUCACUUAUAUAAAAUAGAUGGUAUUUUAUGAGAUUACGGAGGUGUGAUUAUCACUGUGAUGUUGUUUUUAUCUUGUUUUAUAUCUUUUUUAUCAUUUUUUGCACACUUUUUGAUCUCUAAAUUCAUUGGGGCCACUUUUGAUUUCCCACACAUUCUCCUACAUCUCUCAAAAGCAAGUUUAGCGUUUGUUUUAAUUGCCGCCUUCACUCUUCUGUUCAUUGUACAAAACACAAGAGGAAUCACGACAGUGUUAGCCACAGUUGAUACAAACACCCAGAAAAGAGCAGUUGAGGAUAUUGCAU